AUUGUAUUAAAAUGACUCUUAUAAUAUGUGAUGAAAUUAAAAUUUGUAAUAUAUUUUUUAUUAAUUUUUAAUGGAGUUGAAGGUUUAAACUUUUUUAAUUUUAAUUUUAACUAUGGAAUCCAACCGACACACAACUACAACAAACAUCGCAAUAACAAACAAAAUAAACACAAUAAAAAUAAUAAAAUUAGUAAAUAUUUGAGUAAAAAUGUUAAUAAUGUUUAUAAUUGGAAAAAUGGGUUAAAGGGUCUGGGUUACAUUUCGACGACUCUGAAGGGUAUAAACUUGGGGUAUAAAACUGACAGUGUAAAUGCUCCAGACCGUGUGAUGAUAGUUGAUGGCACGGGUUUGGCUUACAGGUGUUUCUUUGCUCUGCCAGAUUUGAAGACUUCUAAGGGCACUGACAUCGGCUGUCUGAUGGGCUUUAUGAAUUCCUUAGCUCGUCUUCAUCGUAUGUUUGACCCCAAAUACAUUGGAGUUGUGUUUGAUUCUCCAGGCGCAAAUGAUGAGAAACGUGAUAUCUGGCCUGAGUAUAAGCUUAACAGGCAAGUGGUUUCUUAUUCCCUUAGAAAUCAACUUGGCUGGAUCAGGGAAUUUUGCGCCAUUUUAGGCCUUCCAGUCUUCAUUGAACCCUCUACUGAAGCUGAUGAUAUUAUAACCUCCAUGAUCACUUUCUUCAGAGAAUAUUCCAAAUCUCAACCCAAUGAGAAUGCCGACUCAUCUGUAACUCCAAAAUCCACUUUAAAUAAUAGUAAUUUACCUGGAACUAGCAUGAAUUUCCACCGUACUGAGACAAUGCAAAAGGCAGUGAGAGGAAUAUUUGACCGGUAUUCUCAGGAGCUAAAGGGUAAUUCAGUUCAAGCACUUCCAUAUAGAGAUUAUCCCCUCAAGGCUGAAGACAAUAGUGUGGAAAAUGAUAAGGUUUACAGGGGAUAUGACAUUACUGUAGUAACUGCUGAUAAGGAUUUGUUACAAAUACUGUCAGAAAACGAUGCAAAUAAAGUUAAUGUUAAAAUCGUACAACCGCACAAAUCAUACAGAAUUGUUAACCAACACACCGUCAAACAAGAAUACGGAAUUGACCCUGAGCGGUUUAGCGAGUAUUUGGCUUUGGUUGGAGAUACUGCGGAUAAUAUUCCGGGAAUUAUGGGAAUUGGACCCAAAACAGCCCCAAAACUAAUACAAAAAUAUCAAUCUUUCGAUGACAUUUUAAGGAGUGAGGAGAUUACAAAAUUGAGUAGUAAAGGUGGAAAGUACAGAGAAAGUGUGAGGAUGGCUCAUGAGUUUCACAGCAUAGUAAAGCUGAAAAAGAACCUUAGAGUCCUAAAGUCGAUGGAUCAACUGGUUAAAUCUAAUGCCUUAACAUGCCAGCUUUCUAAAUUUCUGAAAAUGUUCUCUCUACAAAAGGCUUCCUCCAAAUGGUCAAUGUUCACCAAACCCUAA